AUGGCACCUUCUAGUACCAAAGCGAUCAAUGCCAGGGCGAAGAACGUUCCAUAUUUCACACCUGCGCAAAAUCCUCCAUCAGGAACAGCAGUGAGCCCUUCAUUGAAAGCCCAAAUCAUCCCAAAGCUUUUCCAACCACUAACCAUUAGAGGCGUGACCUUCCAAAACAGAAUAUGGGUUGCGCCAUUAUGUCAAUACUCGGCAGAAGACGGAAAAGUAACACCAUGGCAUCUGUCUCAAAUUGGCGGCUGGGUCACACGUGGUCCUGGCCUUACUAUGAUAGAAGGAACUGCUGUUUCAAAGAACGGACGGAUCGAUCCUAAUGGAGUAGGACUCUGGAAUGAGGAGCAGCUUGAAUCUUUGAAAACAAUUGUAGAUUUUACACAUUCUCAGAGCCAACACAUCGGUAUCCAGCUCUUUCAUGCAGGCCGAAAAGCUUCCACAGUCGCACCGUGGUUGGGAAAUGAGAAUGCAACCAAAGAGACAGGUGGUUGGCCUAAUGACAUCAUCGGCCCAAGUCCACUGCCAUACGAUGAAGGCUCUUUGAUACCUAAAGAAACGACGCUCUCUGAUAUCGCAGAUUUCAGAAAGUCUUGGGUAAGCUCUGUUGAGCGUGCUUUACGAGCCGGAUUCGAUGUCAUUGAGAUCCAUGCCGCUCAUGGGUUUCUCCUUCAUCAAUUCCUAAGCCCUAUCAGCAAUAAGAGGACAGACGAGUAUGGUGGUAGUUUUGAGAAUCGCAUUCGUUUGCUUCUCGAAGUAAUUCAGGAUACCCGGCUUACGAUACCCGAGACAAUGCCUUUGUUCUUACGAAUUAGUGCAACAGAUUGGCUAGAGGAGACAGAAAUUGAUGGUUGGACUCUUGAAGAUAGUGCGCAAUUAUCUGUGAAAGCUGCAAGCUUCGGCGUAGAUUUUAUCGAUGUAUCUUCUGGUGGCUCCCAUCCAGGACAAAUCAUCAAACUCGGCCCCGGGUACCAAGCUGGCUUUUCGAAAUACAUUAAGAAUGCUGUCAAGGAUAAAGCCUUCGUCGGUGCUGUUGGCAACAUCACAAAUGGCGUGCAAGCCAAUGGCCUUCUUGAAGAGGGCCUCGAUGCUAUCUUCAAUGGAAGGAUGUUUCAGAAAAAUCCUGGUCUGGUUUGGUCGUGGGCGGAUGAUUUGGGGAUUAUUGUACAUGCUGCAAGACAAAUACAAUGGGGGUUUAAAGAAAUUCCCAAUCCACUCAUAGCCCCAAAGUUCUAG